CAGGCGGCGGGACGGGACCCGACCAGCCGGGCCAGGGGCGGGAGGAGGAGGAGGAGGAGGAGGUGCGGGAGGCCAUGCCGGCGGUCCCCGCGGGCGGCGGCCCGUGAGGGGAGCGGGGGCGGCGGCGGGGCGGCCCGAUCCGAUGCGGCGGCGGGGCGGCGGGGCGCUGAGGCGGCGCGGCGGGCAGGAUGCACCAGAAGCUGCUGCGGAGCGCGCACUACAUCGAGCUGGGGAGCUACCAGUACUGGCCCGUGCUGGUGCCCCGCGGCAUCCGCCUCUACACCUACGAGCAGAUCCCCGUCUUCCUGAAGGACAACCCCUACAUCACGGACGGCUACCGGGCCUACCUGCCCUCCCGCCUCUGCCUCAAGAGCCUCUUCAUCCUCUCCAACGAGACCGUCAACAUCUGGAGCCACCUGCUCGGCUUCAUCCUCUUCUUCACGCUGGGCAUCUACGACCUGACGGCCGUCCUGCCGGCCGCCGGCGCCUCCCGAGAGGACUUCGUCAUCUGCUCCGUCUGCCUCUUCUGCUUCCAGGUCUGUAUGCUUUGCUCAGUAGGAUAUCAUCUUUUCUGUUGUCACCGCUCAGAGAAGACCAGCCGACGAUGGAUGGCAUUAGAUUAUGCGGGAAUUUCCAUUGGCAUCCUGGGCUGCUAUGUGUCAGGCGUGUUUUAUGCGUUUUAUUGUAAUAACUACUGGCGUCAGGUGUAUUUAAUCACUGUGCUGGCAAUGAUCUUGGCAGUGUUUUUUGCUCAGAUCCAUCCCAGUUACCUCACGCAACAGUGGCACAGACUGCGCUCCAUCAUCUUUUGCUCAGUGUCUGGAUAUGGAAUUAUUCCAACCAUCCACUGGGUUUGGCUCAACGGCGGCAUUGGUGCAUCUAUCGUGCAGGAGUUUGCUCCGCGUGUAGUUGUCAUGUACUUCAUCGCUGCUGUAGCUUUUCUCUUCUAUAUUUCCAAAGUUCCAGAAAGAUACUUCCCAGGACAGCUGAACUACCUCGGCUCGAGUCACCAAGUAUGGCAUAUCCUUGCCGUGGUGAUGCUGUAUUGGUGGCAUCAAUCCACAGUGUACAUCAUGCAAUACCGACACAGCAAGCCCUGUCCUGAGUAUAGCACAGACCUGUGAGCCAAGGUAGAGCAGUUUUCACACGCACGGGCAUAUGAUCCUCUAACCAGUAUGAGCUUAAAUAAUCCUGGGUUUAACUUGCCCCAAGUUUUCAUCACCCUCCCCAGUUAGCUUCCCCAAAGAAAACGCUGACUGGUGUCAUACUUGGGUGCAAAUAAAACGUUUUCUUCUCUUGGUGCCAGGCACUCUGCUCAUCUAAACUGCUUUGUGGCAUGAGGCUCCACAGGGCUGCGAUGCCCAUGAGCAGAGUUUUAGGUCGGGCUGGACAGAGGUCUGCCAGAUCCCUUUCAGCUCUGUUUCACAAUUUUAAUCACCUCCAGACGUCAUUAGUAUUUGUUCCUAAGUGGCCUUUUCCUCAGCCUUUUGUCGGUUUUUCAGCCUACUAAGCAGUCAUCUGGAUUUUUUUGGAAAUCAAGUGAGAGUUGAUAAUUUCCUAGGCGUAGUAAGUGACUCAACUUGUUUCCCCGCUG